CUUCCUCUUCGUCACCUUCCUGGAGAUUCUGCCCCAGGAGUUGGGGGUGCCGCGGAAUCGCAUCCCCAAGGUGAUCCUGAUCCUCGCCGGCUUCGCGUUGGUCAGCGCCAUCCUCUUCGUCAAGGGAUGAGAUCUGCCGGGAUCUGCGCCCGAGCCUUGGAGGAUCCCGUGGGAUUCCUGUACCCCGAAGUGCCAAAGUGCCUCUCCCAGCUCUGUGCCUCAGUUUCCCUCUCUGACCUGUCCUCUUUCCCAAGCCCAGCCUGGGACCCCAUUCUUGCUCCCACCCUGCACCCCCCUUUUCCAAAGUGCCAAAGUGCCUCUCUCAGCGCUGUGCCUCAGUUUCCCCACAAGGGAUCGGUGCUGUGACCCCCCCCAGGACACCGGGAGGGGGUGAGUGUCCCCCCCACACCCCAUAACCACAAGUGCCCUUACAGACUCCCCCGGAUUUGGGGGUGUUGGAUGAAGCAAAUAAAGAACUGAACCCCAAAUUGCUGCCUGUGCCUGGGGAGGGUGGGACGGAA